GGAGCGUGCACGAACGUUCACGAACACUCGCGAACGAAAACGCGCACAAGGGGGAAUCAUACAUUCGACAGGGACAGGAUCCGGGCGCGACACGCGGGCGGGUACACGAUAAGACGCACACCUGGGCGGGAGAUGCCCCAGGACAGGGUCACGACUGCAGAACGCGCGGCCACGCGAGGAGUGGACGCGCACCCCCCGGAGAGGGACGGUGACACAACGAGGGGCCACCCACACGGGCCACAGGCGCCCACGCCAAGAAGAACGGUCGCGACACAAAGAAGCCGAGAGUGGACACACAGGCGCGUGCUCGCACGCCCGGGCCGAAGGACCCCUCGCCUAUCAGGGUUGUCACCCUCCAGACGAGAGUGCGCGGGCGGCAGGGGGAUGCGCACACAAAGGGGCUACUCCCACCCUCGCACAGACGCCCGGAGGGGCCCAAGCUUGCAGAAGGGGACCAUAAGACAAAGGGGACACACCCACUGGGGCCGAAAAAGGCGGCCACACCCCCAACGCACCGGCACCCCGACCCACGCAGACACACCACGGGCACCACAGCUAGCGACGCGGGGCGACGCACACACACCCACACUCACCACACACCCACGGAGGGGGUGUGGAGGGCCCCUCUCCCCGGGCAUCUCGGCUGCAGCGCGACAAGGUGACACAUCCGGGAGCCCCGCCGCGCGCCAGAUGUGCACUCACCGGGGCCCGCCGCCCGCGAGCCUCGGACGCGGGCCGCCGCCGCCGCCGCCGCCUCGGGCCCUCCACGUCAGCCAGCGGGCGGGCGGGAGCGGGCGGCAGCGCAGGCGGCGGGCGUAUCACGUGGGCAGCAGCGCGCAUGCGUAACCGUGCUCCCCCGCCCCCCGCUUCCGCGGCGGCGAGCGGAGCGAUCUAGCUUCCCCCAGUGCGGGCUUGCUGGAAGCCGGCGAGGGUCGCGUUUUUCUUCUCUCGCACCCCCCCCCCCAGGCUUCCCGGACAGCGCUUGCGCAGGGGACUCGAAGCUGAGGUGGUCGAGCUGUCGGGAGGGGUCUGGGUGGACGC